GGGCACAGGUGGGUGGCACUGGUGGGCACAAGUGGGUGGGCACAGGUGGGUGGCACUGCUGGGCACAGGUGGGUGGCACUGCUGGGCACAGGUGGGUGGCACUUCUGGGCACAGGUAGGUGGCACUGCAGAGUGGCACAGGUGGGUGCACUGCUGGGCACAGGUGGGCGGAACUUGCGGGCGGCACUGCUGGGCACCGAUCAUCAGGGCACUGAUCAUCAGUGCCCUGAUGAUCGGUGCCGAUCCCCACUCUGACAACUGCCGGUUCUCGGCAGUACUUUCCUCACGAUCUGACAACGUGAGGAAAGUGCAGCCGAGAACCGGCACUUGC